AUGGCGGUAAUGUCCAAAUGGGACAUCGUGGCCUCCGUUAUUCUUUCCAGAGCGCCAAUCGUCGCGCCGCAAAUGCAAGAAGUUGAGCGAAGGUUUUUAAUUUUAAUUUUCAUGGGUAUUCAUAAAUUUUAGGUUUCAAACUCUCCAACUUGAAGAAGAAGCAGAGAAAAGUCUGUUGAACGACUAUGAGCUCAAGAGUAAAAACGAUCAAAAGUAUUUUCCGACGUUUAGUAUCACAUUGAUGAGUUGGUUCAGGAUGUUGGAGCGAAGAGCUGCCUUGGAACGGGAAGGAAAAGAACUAUCGGAGCUCGACGAGCAGAUCGGCCUCACCAACGCCGUCAGGGAGGACGAGUGGGCCAGAGCCGCCCAAAGAUUCGAGAACCAGUCAGAUUCUGCGAGCUCUUCAGUUUUUGAUAGUUGAUUCUAGGUACAAAUUCAGUCAAAUUCCCCAGAUCAGCGACCUCCGAAGUGUGGAACGGCAAAUGGACAGGCUUGUUCUCCGAAAUUUUUAAAAAGACCGCAGUUCCACAAAUUAAAUAUCAAUAAAAAACAAAUUAGUUCAGAGCGCUAACUAUUAUAUUUUUAUAGGAAACUCGUCUUGAUAGUCAAACAGACAUUUGGACAAAAAGGCUACAAGUCUCCUUGGAUUUUGCCGCAAAUCCAGCACAGAUCAGGGGAAACUCUGAGACAGGUAAAUCAAAAAGUUCUAUCCAAAUUACAAAGGUUAGAUUUUUCAUAAUUCAAAGUUGUUCACGUCUAUAUGAUAAUCGAUCGGAGAAAGAAGGUUUUUUUUGCACUUUGCAGUUGGAGAUUUUCUGAAACUCCGCCAAAACGUUCUUUAAAUCAUUAGGUAAAUAUCCUUGAAGUUUCAACAAACAAAACUCACUGUUUUUUGAGAAAGUCCACUCGAAGUCAUUGAAAAUUAUCAAAGGUCGGUGAAAAAGAAAAGAAUUUUUUUCAGAUUUGGUGAUAUUUCUGUUUGAAAAAAUAAUAAAUUGUUAAAGAAGAGAAUAUCAAAAUCUCAUUCUUGUAAAAGGUUCGGUACGUAAAAGUGUCCUACAGGUUUUUUUUUCAGAACAUUCAAGGGUAAUGAUGUGUAUUCGUUUGGCUACAUUUUUUUUAAAAAUAAUUUGUCCAAAUUAAUGGGAAAUACAAAAAAGGAAGCUAUCAAACUUUAUUUGCAGACGGCGGAGCGUUGUAUUGGAGAAGUCUCGAAAAAUGAUUUGAAUUUCACCAUAGCUGGAAACGCUCCAAUUGCUGUACAUUCACAAAAGUUCGAAAAUGAAUUCUAAGAGUUUGAAAAAUAUUUCUUCAUCAGAUAUCCAGCGCCGAUUCAGAAGAAAACAGGUUCGGAAGGAGCCAAGAUCUUCUUUUAUAACGCUUGCCUAGCUCAGAACACCUCGGAUUUCGCCGUCAGCCAUGAACACGUAUGUUAUUUUUUUCAAUUGAAUACGAUAGUAAGACAAUUUUACGGGCAAAAUGCAAAAUAAGUAUCAAAUAAUCGUUGUCUUUCAGGUAGCCGACUUUCAAUGGGUCACUCCAGACGAGUUUCGGUCGACGGUGAACGACAAAAGGUACAAGGCCGCCGUGAGCUGCGCUCUUUCGGAAUGA